AUGUUUAGAGAAUUUGAUCUUAAUGGGGAUGGAUAUAUACAAAAAGAUGAAUUACGUUCAGUUAUGAUUAAAAUGGGUCAAUCACCAACAGAAGAAGAAUUAAAUGCAAUGUUUGAUGCUGCCGAUGCUGAUAAAGAUGGAAAUAUAGAUUUUGAUGAAUUUUUAACAAUUGCUCGAGCUAAUCCACUUUCAUUAUCCUUAAAAACCGUGUUUGAUGAAUUAGAUGUAGAUGGUGAUGGAUAUAUUACAAGGUAA